GGGAGGGCUGGGUGCGGGGCCACGCGCAAGAUCGAGGGCCCGGCGGGGCCACGCGCAAGAUCGAGGGCCCGGCGGGUCCGGCGUGGGCCCGGACACGGCCCAGGCGCACCGGGUGAAGGGGUGACGAGCCAAGCGAGUUCCGCCUGCGGCCGGGUGGCAGCGUCGCAGGGUCCCACGCAGGCGGCGCGGCUUCCGGGGCGGCCUGGAGGCCAGGGCAGUGCCCCGGGGGCCCGGCAGGUGGCGCGGGCGAGCCGACCCUUGCCCGGCGCCGCGCGAGGAGAUGAGCUCACGGCGGGCCCCGCAGCGCCGGACGCUGGUUGCGCGCUCCCAGGCGCCGAGCGGCCCCGGGCACGCGCGCGCGCCACCGGCCCGGCAGGUGCUGUCCUUAUUCCCAGCCCAGUCAAGAGCUACCGGGGCUGGCUAGUCAUGGGGGAGCCCAGUAGAGAGGAGUAUAAAAUCCAGUCCUUUGAUGCAGAGACCCAGCAGCUGCUGAAGACAGCACUCAAAGCCCCGUCUCUUGAAUGCACAGUUGCCUGCUUUGAGACAGAAGAUGGAGAAUAUUCCGUUUGCCAGAGGAGCUAUAGUAAUUGCUCUCGCCUGAUGCCUUCCCGCUGUAACACGCAGUACAGAGAUCCGGGUGCUGUGGACUUGGAGAAAGUGGCCAAUGUGAUUGUGGACCAUUCUCUGCAGGACUGUGUGUUCAGCAAGGAAGCAGGACGCAUGUGCUACGCCAUCAUUCAGGCAGAGAGUAAACAAGCAGGCCAGAGUGUCUUCCGACGUGGACUCCUCAACCGGCUGCAGCAGGAGUACCAGGCUCGGGAGCAGCUGCGAGCACGCUCCCUGCAGGGCUGGGUCUGCUAUGUCACCUUUAUCUGCAACAUCUUUGACUACCUGAGGGUGAACAACAUGCCCAUGAUGGCCCUGGUGAACCCUGUCUAUGACUGCCUCUUCCGGCUGGCCCAGCCAGACAGUUUGAGCAAGGAGGAGGAGGUGGGUGGCCCCAGCCCUGGCACAAGCACAGAAGGCUGCAGGAUGGACAGUCCAGCUCAGCUGUGUGUCAGCCCACUGCUCACGGAGGUGGACUGUUUGGUGCUGCAGCUGCACCGGGUUGGGGAGCAGCUGGAGAAAAUGAAUGGGCAGCGCAUGGAUGAGCUCUUUGUGCUGAUCCGGGAUGGCUUCCUGCUCCCAACUGGCCUCAGCUCCCUGGCCCAGCUGCUGCUGCUGGAGAUCAUUGAGUUCCGGGCGGCCGGCUGGAAGACGACGCCAGCUGCCCACAAGUAUUACUACAGCGAAGUCUCCGACUAGGCCUCCAAAUCAGGGCUUCCUCGCCAGCACUGGCCUUUCUUCUACCCACCUCUAAAGCUGGCAGUGGAGUCUCUGCCUCACCCAAAGACUUUUCCCUUCCAGACUUUGAGUGUCUUCCCCUCUAGACUUUCCCAUCUCCUGGUGAGAUGUUUCCCACUUAUGCCGUGGUCCUGCCCUGAGCCCCUUUCCCCACCACAACCCACCAGGGCCAGGCAGAGAAGGGCAACUCCCAAGAGCCACUGCACUGUGUAACCAUUAGUGCAACUACUACCUUGGUGCCUCAGUUUACCCAUCUGUAAAAUGGGUAAGCAUAGCCACUGGUGGGAUACUUUGGGAUGUCAAGGGGUGGAGGCAGAGCACAAGUCACACCAGAAACUGCUUUUUAUACAUUUUGUAUAAGGACAACUCUGGAAACAAGCCUAUUUCCUCCAGCCAGUUUCACUGAAUGCUGCACCACAUGCUACACCAGUUCAGCGUGAGAAUUUUCUAAUAAAUCUUUUCUGAUACUAAAA